AAACACACCAAUAUAUUGCCCAUAUUUAGUUGAUACCUGUUCCUUUGUGCUUUGAUUGCUAAUUUUUAGCAAAUGAGUACAGGAGCAAAAAUGAAGGUAAGGUAAGGUAAAACAAUAAAAACAAUAUUAAUAUUUGUCUGCAAGAGCAUAGGUCUCGAUAUAUUACCUAAGAUAUUUAAACUUGUUCCAGAUGCCAUGAAACUACUGUGUUCCUGGGUGCAAAUCGAACUAUUAGGAGUUCCUUAAAAACUGAAGAAAUGCAAACAUUUUUAUUUCCAAAAAAAUUCUGAAGUGCAAAAAAUGUCGAUGAAAGGAAUACACCAAGAUAAUUAUACCCGAGAUUAUACAAUAACGAAAAAUUCUGUGGUGUGUUGUAAGCAUUUUGAAGAAACCGAAAUAAUUAGAUUUGAAACAAACAAGGAUAAAGGCGUAGUUCGAGAGUUCAAACUAAAACGUCCAACUCUUAAAAGUAGGUACCAGGUACCUCUUAUUUUCGAAAAUCAGCUCAAGUAUUUGAAUGGACUUGCCUUCCGAAAAAGUCCCGAAGAAAGAAAAAGUUAGAUUUUCAAAAGACAUACUGAAACAUAACACUUUAGACUCUAGAAAUAUAUUCAUUUAAAUCAAUUAUUUACUGUUCUUAUUUACACAAAUAGUUAAAUUAUUCAUUGAAUUACUGUUUUUGGCCCCUUAGUACAAUAAAUUAUGCAUUUUUUGUGAUUCAUAUUAAUAAAAUAAAAAAUAUAUAUUUAUACAAACAAACACCACCAGCACCACUUGGCGGUAAGAUUGCGGUGUUGCCUUUUUAACUUCAUGGCUUGUUAAAUGUACAGUGACUGUUAAAUGUAGGAGGCUGUGACACAAGCCAAACAUAAUCUGAUUUAGUGUUAUUUUCAAGGCCGUCGUGGCUAAAGUAACGGAGGUGUUACUCUAAUUAUUUUCAUGAAGUAACGUCAAUAUAGCAAUAUGUAGAUAGGAUUACUUUCUUUAGCAAUUUAAAGUAAAGGUGAUAUUCGUGGUUCUUGGCAUUUGCGUUUUAGAGUAAAAAUGGAAAUAAAUAAAAAAUAACCUGACUUGACUUUGAAGAAUAGAAUAGAAUACUUAUAAAACAGGCACAAUUAUAGGUAGGAAAAUAGUAAUUUCGCCUUCCUAUGGAGGAAAGUAAAUUAUUUUCCUUCCUAGGCAGAAGUUUUUUCGCUGUAGAUUAUCAUAGUUUUAGCUCCAAAUUAAGAAAUUACCUAUCUUCAUUUGCUGAAAAAAAAUGCUUGAAGUUGAUGGCCCUUAUUUUAUACCGCUAAUGAUUAAAAAUGGAAAACUGAAUUUUCACUUUGCACACUCAUAAAAAGGUAAACAAUCGAAUUUCACCUGCAGGAGAGAACUAUACCUACACUCCCGUUCCUUUGUAAGGGCAUGUGAGGAAUAGGAAUAUGGAGACACCGUUUUUCUCACAAAAGAUUUGUAUUAUCAAUAUGUUGAUUCAAAUUUUUGGUUUAUAAAAAAUAAAAUUUUAUUAUGUUGUUGAAUAUCACCUUAACUUAGUUUAAAUUGCUAAAGAAAGUACCUACCUUUCUUUUCUAUAGAUUGCUACUAUAUUGACGUUACUUCAAGAAAAUAAUUAUAGAGUAAACACUUCUCAGCAUUUAAAGAUCGAGGGGAUCGCAUAAACGAGUCACCAAAAAAACAACAAAGUAUGUGGAUUAUAUGCCUCAAGAGGGGAAAUUUGACUGAAACGUUGUUGAAAAUGCUCGAAUUUGGUCGAAACAUUUUGUUAAUGGUAGUCCAGCAGAAUUUGAGAAUACAAACAAUCCGGAUUGGGUCCCCAGUACAAAUUUAGGAUAUAUCUACUACGAAAAUUGAUAAAAGCCCAGAAUGAACAAGCCAGUAAGCUACAUGCCAGAUCUGUGCACCGAUCAGAACAGUCAAAACCUUUGAGGAGUCAUUCUUCCACAAAUUUAUUUUGCUAAAGUUUAUUUGUAAGGUUGUUAGUAUCAAACUUUUUUAUUUUUUAAACAAUUUAGAUUUUUAAGCAUUAUUUUUGUUAAGAUUGUUUGUUUACUAUUGUUGAAUUGAAAUGUAAAGUGGCAUGUCUGUAAAUAAAGAUUCAUUCAUUCACAAAAACUAAAAACAACUUAAAAUUUAUUGAACAAAUCAAAAAACGCAAAAAUUCCGAAGCACAAACUCAAAAAACACUGUAAACAAUAUGAUCUAUAGGCUUUGACUGCCCCUCAGCUAAUAUGGCGGACCUUGUCAAAGUCACGUGACCUGAAUGCAUUCUUCCGGCAAAAGCAAAUCAACAAUCAAUCACAACCAAACUUUUGUUUAAGAAGAUUGCGAUUUUGAAUUUGAUACUCUUCCUUGAAGGAAACAGAAAUUGAAAAUAAUAUUUAAAAAAAUACACUGGAUCGGCCGUUACAGAACACAAGUCUCCAUAAAUCUUGCCCAUAUUCAGUGUGGUGAUGUUCGUUUUCUUGUGGUACUCUUGUGCAUCUUCAACUUUUUUCUAAAUACCUACAUAAUAGGAUCCAAAGUUAUUUUAUUCUAUCAAUAUAUUUAUUAUUUGCCCACGCAAAGAGCCUCGGGUAAGCUUGUAAAAAGUUUUAUCCUCAGCAAACGUCAAUAAUUUAUUUAAAAAAUUAAAGCCAAACAGGAUCAGAUACGUCUGCAGCGUUCAGAAUUUAAUAUAUCUGAAAAACAGUUCUCCUCUCGGUUCUCCUAGUCUGAGAGUCUAAAUAUGUCUUUCCAUAAGAGUUCGGUCAAUAAUAAUUAUCGACAAAGACACAGUUACAGACUCGCAUAAAUAAAUUUGAACUUGCAUACAUAGCGUAUAUAGCGAAACCAACUAUGCCUAUUAAAAGUGACACUUUCCCUUAGGGGUAUAAGUAUGUAAGUAUAAUGUGACUGUCAAUCCUUGCGAGUUGAGUCCAUGCAAAUGACAAAUCCUUACGAGUUUAACAGAAUUGAAAAAUAUGAUUGCAAAUUAUGAAGCACAUCAGGCAAAUAUGUUAUUAGGAAAAAACAUUGAGGGAAAAGUAACCAGAGUAAACAAAAUUUUGUUAUAUUUUGAAGUGGACAAAUUUAGAAUCUAUAUCCAAUUUUCUAAGGCCUCUGCUUUUUUGCCUUGUCUCCAGGAUAAAGUUGAAAUUAUUAAUACAAAAACCUUCGAUCCAUCUACAUUUACUGCUGUUAUAGGCCCAGAAACUAAUAUUAAUUUUCCGAUAAAUUCCUCCUUACACUAUGCAAAUACAUUCUUAGAAUUUAUAGAAGAAAAAAAUAUUAUUCUAAAUGAAGAGAAAUUGAUAGAAAUAAAUAAAGAUAUUGUAAGAAAACUAGAAACAUUUUUAACAGAUGAUUUGUUACUGUUAUGUAUUAAAUCAAUGUUUGGAUAUAAUUCGAGAAGAACUAGCUCUGAGGGUAACAAGAAUUUUAGACUUAUAGCCAAAACUCCAAAGGAUUUGAAAUAUGUGAAUUCCACCUCAGAACUGUAUUCAUUCUUUAAAAUAAAUGAUGUGCACUCAUUCAAUGUUUAUCCGCAUGGAAUAAAUAAUACGCUGGAAGAUGGACCAAGAGAAUAUUUAUUCGGAAUCUUAUAUGUUUCUGAAAUGUAUGGAUAUUUUGAAAUGAAGGAUGAUACUUCAAAAAUAUUUGUGAAAUUUAUGGUUUUUCAUCAAAAUGUUUAUAAAUUUCACAAUUCCCUUGUUAUGAUAACAAAAUACUGUGUAUUCACUGAAAUCUUCCAAACAGUGGACCAACAGUCAUUGCAAUAUUUGUUGGUAAAUGAGGAGGAUGUUAUUAUUGUGAACCAUGAUUUUCAAGAAAAUAGAGAAAAACUAUUCUAUAAUUGUGAUGAACUGCUGCCAACCAAAGAGUUUAAAAACUCCUAUUUUUUAGAAAUAAUAAAAAUAUCUGAGGUUAUUUAUGGUUACAAUAAAAAUCCCGAAUGUUGGAUGGAAAUUGUUAUAAGUCCUGAAAAAUCAUUUAGGUGCUCUGAAAGGAUUAAUGGCGUUUUAUCAGGAACAACGCUCACACUAGUACCAAUUCUGAAAGAACACCAAACAUAUAAGAUGUAUACCAAUCAAUCAUUAACCUAUGGCAAUGUUGAUAUGUAUCGCGAGCUUCAUAGAAUGAAUAAUUCUAAAAAAUUGCUGCUGUUCAACCAUGAUUCGGUAUUUCAACAAAUCAAAGCAUCACAUUUAAUAGAAGUUGAUAAACCAUUGGAAGCUUUUAAUGAAAUAAAAUCGAAGAUUGCCAAUAGUGAUGAAUAUAAAACAUUUUCCUUUAUUCUAAAACUCACAAUGCAAGAGUUCCAAGCCAAAAAAUUUCCUUCCUGGUUCCCAAAAAGACAUAAAAAUAGCAAAUACUUUGGAGAUUUAGAAAAUCACCAACAAGUAUUAUUGUUUUAUGACAAAACAUCAAGAUCCUACAUCAAGUUAUAUUUGAGCAAUAGAGAAAACCAUAUUUGUCCGUUAGGAUUAAUUGAUAAUAUGACAAUAAAAGUUAACCAUGUCCAAGUUAACAAAAAGAAAUAUUUGAAAACCACCGUUUUCACGAGAUUUGAUAUUGUUGGUUAUGACCCAGAACUUUUCUUCAAUUGUGCCAACUUGUCGUUCAGAGAUAAAAGUGUUUGGGACUGGCGAUUUCGAACACCUCCCAUGAAUCUUGGUUUAUAUUAUUUUGUACCUGUUAAUUGCAUAGUACAUGGUAAAAUUAUAUUUCUCUCAGUUUUUGAUGUUCGUGUACGUAUCAUUUGUGUCCUGUGCAGAAACCUAAUUUAUAAUCAAAAAUGUACUCGUUGUAAUGUCAAGGAGUAUGAUAUCGACUUGCAUAUGGUCAUUGCUGUAGAAGAUGAGUUUAAUGAACAAUUUACCAUUGAAAUUAAUUGUAUAUAUUUCCUUAUGCAACUUAUUGGAAUAAAACGAGAAGGAAAAUAUUUAUUUCUAGAAGAAUUGUGCAAAUAUGGACCGCUAAAUUUGGAAUUUUCAAAAAUGCCUCAAGAUUUUUGUGUUGAUGACCCGGAGUCCAAUCUUUUUGUACAAAAAAUGGUGACAAUGAUUCGUACCGUAAUCAAUUUCAAGUGUUUCACGAUGAUCGAUGUGGUAUGCAUCAAACAAAAUUGUUUUAAUAAACUCAAGCCAUGGAGGCUUCUUGAUUAUCAGUUUUGUUGUUGAUAUUGGAUUUUGGAUCAUGCAAAAAAAACUUUGUGUAAAAUACAACUACUAAGGUGUCUGGCUAGUUUGAAAGUAAAUCGUUCUUGAUGAAAGCUUAUAUAGUAAUGUGGGUUUUAUCAAUUUUUUUUAAUAAAUUUAGAAAAUACACAAUAGUUGUUUCAAUUUUU